AACAUUCAGUCUUCAAGCAAGAUCAUCUGACUGAAAUCUCAUUUUCUCUCUCUAAUUCUUGAUUUUCUUGAUUUUAGGAAAAAACCCAAUGCAAGAUCCAAUCAUCCUUCAACAAAAUCACCACCAAUUUAGAACCCAUUCUUCACUAAUAAUCCCCAUCUCCACCGGAGUUCUCAGCCGGAGACAUUAUUAUUACAAUUCUUCAAAUCAUAAUAAUAGUAAUAAUAUCCUUCUUCUUUCUAGAUCAAGAACAGAAUCAAUUAAAUGUGUGGCGCCGGCAAAGGGUAAUCUUGAUUAUCAUGAAGAAGAGGAUGAAGAUGAAGAUUUAGAACCGUGCCCAGUUGAAUGUGUUAGGGUAUUCGAGAAAGAUGAUGAAUUUUUGAAGAUUUUGGAGAAGGCUAAGGAAGAUGGUUCGUUGGUUGUGGUUGAUUUUUAUCGUACUUCAUGUGGAAGUUGCAAAUAUAUUGAACAGAUCUUCUCCAAGAUGUGUAAAGGAGCUGGAGAACAACAGGCUCCUAUCAUCUUCCUUAAACAUAAUGUGAUCGAUGAGUACGAUGAACAAUCCGAGGUUGCUGAACGUCUUAGAAUCAAGUCAGUUCCCCUCUUUCAUUUCUACAAAGAUGGAGUCCUACUUGAAGCUUUCCCGACAAGAGAUAAGAAGAGGAUUCUCGAUGCCAUUGUUAAAUACUCCAACUCGCCUCUUCCUCUUUGAAUCUCAAUUGUUUCCUCCUUCCGUGCCUUCAAGAACAUAUAUAGAUAUCGCCAUGUGCGACAUAAUUCGAAUAUUCGAGAGUCGAGAUUCGACCUCUGGAUUUGUAAUGAAACUUGUCUACUGUGAUUUGACAAGGAAAACACAAUCUAUAAUGGGUUUUUGUUCUCA